GCGAAACAACGGGAAAAGCCAACAUAAACUUUCCGCCACAUAAACUUCGCGCGUUAGUCAGUGCUGUCAAGACGUGAAGGCUGUCGAGGGACGUCGAGAAACUACGCUGUGGCAUGGCGAUGUUUUUCAGCGCCCGAGAGUGCGCUUUGCGAGUUGCAAUUUUGUGCGCCACCCUUUUCCUCGCCUACGGACAAGCUGCGUCGGAACCCCGUAACUGCACGCCGGAAGCGGCUUUCCUGUGCUACGAUGCGUACCGACUCGAGCUGAAGGGGGCUCAGGCCUUGGCCGACGAGGGCAACUACCAGGAGGCGCUCGACCAGAAAUGCAAGCGGAUCAAGGACAAGUUGCCGUGUCACAAGGAACUGGCCCUGUGUCCCGAAACUACGAGGUCAAAUUUCACGGUCCAGGAACGGGGUUACCAGGCGGUGAGCGACAUCAUCUGCGAUGCUCAGGCACUCAAAGAUUCCUACGUGGCUGGUCGCUGUCAGGAUCCCACGAAUCUGAUCGACUGUCUCGUGGAAUGGACCUUCCGCACUUUCGAAGAUGAUCCUCCCCGAGACGAUAACACUCGUUUGUGCAGGCGUUUGCAAGGCUCAUCGGCGUGCUACCAGGAGACGUUCGUCGCCUCCUCGUGUCCUGUGACGCUAGAAUUGGCAGAGCCAGCCUUUACGAGGACCCAGAAAGCGCUCGUCGAGCUCGUCGGGUGCCACGAACCGAACAGAUCGACGCCGUUGUCUUCGACGCCUCAAGGACUGUUGCUCGGGAUGCUGGUGUUGUCGGUUGUCCGCUGGAUAACCUCUUGAUAUUUGAUAUACUUUAAGAAAACACCGAAGAAAAACACUAAGUUAAUAAACAAGGUAUCCUUUUCAAA